AUGCGGUUCAAUGUAGUCGUGUGUGCUUUUGCUGGAUUGUUCUUAGCUGAAUUCAGCUUGGCAGUUGUGUUUAAAAUGACUAACUUUGUGUGUCAGAGCUACAAUAAGUCGUGGUUCGUGUUCAAUAAUUGCCGUCUAAAAGCCAUAAGUCGAGACAAGGUUAUACUUAAUAUGAACGGAACAGUUCUGCAUCCAGUGCAUAAUGUCCAAACUUAUGCUAAAAUCUUUAAAAGAGAAAAUGGUUUUAAGCCCUGGCUGGUUGACAUCAAAAUCGACGCUUGCCGUUUUAUGAGAGGACAAUACCAUCCUGUCGCCAAAAUAGUCUACAGCCUCUUUCAACCGUUUACCAAUAUAAACCACACAUGUCCCUAUAUGGGGACACAGAUUAUUCAAGGAUUUUACCCGAAGCCCGAACUGUUACUUGUACCAUAUCCGACUGGCCAAUAUAUGUUGGCCUUAAGAUGGUUCUUUAACAAGCAACUCCAGGCCGAUACAAAUGUCAGCUAUUUGUUCGUAGAGGAUUUUCCGAAACAUCAUUAA